GAGCCGCGGCCAAGGCCGGCAGGCAUGGCGGCGCCGCUCGGUCCGCGCGGGGCAGCCGGGGGAGCCGGGCGCUGGGUGGUGCUGCUGCCGCCCCUGCUGCUGGCGCUGCUGCGGGCGCGGCCCGCGGGCGCCCUGGUGGAGGGGCUGUACUGCGGCACGCGGGACUGCUACGAGGUGCUGGGCGUGAGCCGCGCCGCCAGCAAGGCGGAGAUCGCGCGGGCCUACCGCCAGCUGGCCCGGCGCUACCACCCCGACCGCUACCGGCCCGAGCCCGGCGACCAGGGCCCCGGGCGCACGCCGCAGAGCGCCGAGGAGGCCUUCCUGCUGGUGGCGACCGCCUACGAGACUCUCAAGGAUGAAGACACACGAAAAGAUUAUGACUACAUGCUGGAUCACCCAGAAGAAUACUACAGCCAUUACUAUCACUACUACAGCAGGCGCUUGGCCCCGAAAGUGGAUGUUAGAGUUGUGAUCCUGGUCAGUGUGUGCGCCAUCUCACUGUUUCAGUUUUUCAGCUGGUGGAAUAGUUACGACAAGGCAAUCAGCUACCUGGCCACAGUGCCCAAGUACCGCAUCCAAGCCAUGGAGAUUGCUAAGCAGCAGGGGUUGCUCAGAAAAGCCAAAGAGAAGGGCAGAAGCAAAAAAUCCAAAGAGGAAAUUCGUGAUGAGGAGGAGAACAUUAUAAAGAGCAUUAUAAAAAGUAAAAUAGAUAUAAAAGGAGGCUAUCAGAAACCCCAGAUACGUGAUCUUCUUCUGUUUCAAAUUCUCUUAGCUCCUUUUCACCUGUGCUCAUAUAUAGUCUGGUAUUGCCGGUGGAUCUAUAAUUUUAAUAUCAAAGGCAAAGAAUAUGGAGAAGAAGAAAGACUAUAUCUCAUACGUAAAUCCAUGAAGAUGUCAAAGUCUCAGUUUGAUAGUCUAGAAGAUCAUCAGAAAGAAACUUUUCUUAAACGGGAGCUCUGGAUAAAGGAGAAUUAUGAGGUCUACAAACAAGAACAAGAAGAAGAGCUAAAGAAAAAACUGGCCAAUGACCCUAGGUGGAAGAGAUACAGGAGGUGGAUGCGCAAUGAAGGGCCCGGACGGCUAACGUUUGUGGAUGACUGAAGGUUGCUGGAAUGCUGCUGUGCCAAAACUUAUUGUGAUAUUAUUUUCAUAAGUGAAUUAUUUUAGAAAUGUAUCAACUGCUCCUCUGCAGCAGCUAAAAUUCCUCAAGUAUUUGAUUAAACAGAAUAGUGAAGAAAUUUAAACUUUACCUUAAAACUUUAUACAUACGACAUUUAUGAUUGUUAAAUUUUUAUAAUCUAUUUGUGAAUUUUGUUAAAAGAUUUGACAUGAAGAUUUAUUAGUUGCCAUUUAAAAAUUUUAUAUGUUUAGUUAAAAGAUUUGACAUGAAAAUUUAUUAGAUACCAUUGAAAAUUUU